AUGUCUGAAUCGGGCUUCAGUUCGUUUUGCAUAAUCGUUCUCUGUCAGCUGUUUGAUUGUUUCGUUGGAAUUAGCGGUAUGGAUUAUAAAAUACAACUUUCAACAGCCCAACUCGAGCCUCCAGAAGAGCAAAGGAGACGUUUUGAAAUCGAAUGCGAAUUCGUCCAGGCUCUCGCCAACCCUCAUUAUGUGAAUUUUCUGGCGCAGCGUGGGUUUUUAAAGGAGCAGCACUUCAUUAAUUAUCUCAAAUACCUUUUGUACUGGAAACAACCGGAAUAUGCCAGGGCUUUGAAGUAUCCGCAGUGCCUUCAUAUUCUUGAGUGCCUUCAGUGCAAUAACUUUCGAGAAGCUCUUACUUCAGGAGCGAAUGCAAAGUUCAUAGAAGAUCAGCAAGUUCUCCAAUGGCUGUAUUAUUUGCGGAAGCGACAAAGACUGCAUGUGAAUCCUGAAGCGGCGAAGAUGCAGGCGAAAAGUCUCAGGAGGAUACGGAUGACGACACUGACGGGGAUAAGACCGGUUCUGAUAUCAAUUAGACCAUUUGGCAAAUUGGAUUAA